AUGAUUGAAUAUCAGUUUGCCUCAGACGAAGAAAAACAACCCACAGUCCCUGGAUGGGACCCUCCUCUCGUCUAUGCUGCUGAGGGCUAUAACUGCGGAGGAACGAAAGAAACGAUGACUCUGGACUUGGGUAAAGCCUACAGACGAAGCCAAGAAGGGCUCAGUGCUCAACCACUUGUGAAAAGCCCGAAGUGCGAGAAUCUGGAAGAAGGUUGCUAUCUAGACCGGAGAGUCCAGACGUCGUCAACAAAGUUAGCGCAGCUGUAA